GAGUUUCUUUCCGCUACACACAUUUACUUUUACAAGAGUUGUUACCAUUGACUACAGUUCUUACAGAAUGUCUGUGUGGACCCUGUUCACCUAUCUGAAUCUCCAGACAGGCCUUAUCCUGGGGUUAGUGUUCCUGUUGGCCUACUGGUACCUCAAUAGGACCCAGGCACAACUCAACCUCCCACCAGGGCCAUGGGCACUACCUUUGUUGGGGAGUGUGACCAAUAUGUUUUCUUCGGUUCCACAUCUGUCAUGGACACAACUAGGACAGAAGUAUGGCCCAGUCCUCCAUCUCCAACUGGGCAGCAGGCAUGUUGUUGUUCUCAACAGCUACUCAGCCAUCCACGAGGCCCUGGUCAAGAAGGCCGAAGACUUCUCCGACAGACCUGUUUUUUACUCCUUCAAACAGACCGGCUUUUUGGACAAUGGAAUUAUUCUUCUCCCUUACGGACCAUUCUGGAAGCACCAGCGGAAGUUCACCAUCAUGGGUCUUCGAGAUUUCGGUUUCGGCAAACGCAGCUUGGAGGGGAAGAUUGUGGAGGAGUCGCACGGGCUACGAGAGGAAAUACUCAAGAAGGGACAGAAGCCUUUCAACAUCAGGCUCAUGCUGCAGAAUGCAGUAGGCAACGUCAUCUGCUCUAUAGUUCUGGGGAAACGCUUUGAAUACGACGAUGAGAAGUUUGAGAAAAUCAUGGAGGCGUUCGAUCAAAAUGUUGGCGACCAACGGCUCAGCGGAAUGGCCGACUUAUUCCCUUGGGCACGGCACAUUCCAGCCAUUAAGCGAGCUGUUGCCAAACAGGUGGCGUAUGCUGAAAUCAGCGUCGGCGCAGUGCGAGAAGAAAUAGAGGAACACAAGAAGACUUUUGAUGCCAACGACAUCCGAGAUUUCAUCGACACGUUCAUCCUAGAGAUGAAGAACAAGGAAGGAGACGACGAUAGUGAUUUCACAGACAGACAGUUGGAGUAUCUGAUUGCAGACUUGUUUCUAGCAGGAACGGAGACUACGUCGAGUACCCUAUACUGGGGACUCCUGUAUUUGCUGCGACACCCGGACAUACAGGAGAAAGUACACCAAGAGAUCGACGGUACCAUCGGACAGGACGUCACGCCGUCGCUCACUCAUCGUGACCAGUUACCAUACACGCAGGCGGUCAUCACAGAAGUCAUGCGGAGCAAUCCCAUUGCCCCCGUUGGAGUUCCGCACAGCGCGUCCAAUGCCACGACCCUGUUUGGAUACGACAUUCCCAAGGAUUGCCUUGUGUUUCCCAACCUGUGGGCAGCUCUACGCGACCCUGAGUUCUACCCCGAACCUGACGCCUUCAAACCUGAGAGAUUUCUGGACGACAAGGGUCAAUUCAACAAGGGAGACACUUUUAUUCCAUUCUCUCUUGGACGUCGUGCCUGCCUGGGUGAACAGCUGGCCAGGAUGGAGCUGUUUCUGUUCUUUACCUCCCUGAUGCAGCACUUCACUUUCAAACUGCCAGAGGGCGCUCCACUACCAUCUACUCGAGGAAAAGUUGGCCUUGCAAAUACCGCUGAAGAUUUUGAUCUUUAUGCCAUUCCAAGAGAGUAAAUAGUUUUUUAGGUUUUAAGACAAUAUCUUAAGACACUUUUACAAUGCUGAUAAACUUUAUGAAGGACCAUAAUAAUAAAGUUAUGAGCUAGAUAUUAUUGUAUCAGAUAUCUCAGGAUUCAAUGCAAAUACUUCAGGAUUCAAUGCAAAAUCAACGUCUUUAAACAGCUGGGCAAAAAUAAGCAUGACAAAGAACUAAUGCUUGGAGCAACUCUUACUAAUACAACUGAGACUGAGGACCCCUACUCCAUACAUAUCUCAAAAGGUGUGACAUGUAAACAGGCCAGUCCACCAAAUUAUCAAAGUAAGAAUCAAAAACAUACAAAUGUGAGAGCUACUUGUAGUAUGAACAAAAUGUGUGUUGAUGGCAGUAAAAUCUAUAAGCAAAGAGCCUUGAAAUUUUCUGGACACUUAUAUAGGUUGGGGUUAACCUUGCAUUCUCUGAGUGUUUUUUUAUUUAAUUUUACAUUGUAAUCUAACUGGUAAUAUAGUAUGUACAUGUAUGAUACUAACAGUAACAGUAAUAUGGUUUAUGAAAUACCUAUAGAUUUAAAACAGAAGUAGUUACCCCUUGUACAUAGAGGAAUACCAUACCGUCAAAAUGACAUCAUGAUCGUGCAUUCAUUCAUGGAACUGUACUGGUCUGCCUGAUUUUAUUGCCCAAUCUCAACUACAAUACAAGCUCCUUUAUAAAAAGUACACAAUUUACAUGCCACCA